AUGGAGUUCUGCCUGGAAGAACAACACCUUAGCGAUGAGAUGUCAGCUGCAUCAGCUUCUGCGUACUCGUGGUCAGCAAGCGAAGAGAUGAUAACAGUAGGAAACGCUGAAGAUAUUUAUAACGAAAACGUCGACCUGAAAACAGCAAUUCUUGACGAGUCAGAGAACGAGGGAGUAGGCGAUAAUGACUUACUGACCGCCUUGCUAGACGAUGGUGAAGAGCUUGCAACGGCGGUUUCGCAUGCCUACUCGGCCUACUCCUUGCCGGCCAGCGAGACUUUUGUAGACAUGGAUGAUGUGGAACCAAAUUGUGGCAAAACAGCGGAGAUGGAAGUUUCUUCUGAAAUGGAACGUGAGUAUUCGUGCAAUCAUUAA